AUAGGGACAGGCGGAGGGGAGGCGGAGGGGAGGCGGCGGCGCCGCGCUCGCCCCGCUGCCCUGGAUGACGGGCGGCCGGUUCGACUUCGACGAUGGCGGCACCUACUGCGGCGGCUGGGAGGACGGCAAAGCCCACGGGCACGGCAUCUGCACCGGGCCCAAGGGGCAGGGCGAGUACGCCGGCUCCUGGUCGCACGGCUUCGAGGUGGCGGGCGGCUACACCUGGCCCAGCGGCAACACCUACCUGGGCUACUGGGCGCAGGGCAAGCGGCACGGGCUGGGCGUGGAGACCAAGGGCAGGUGGAUGUACCGCGGAGAGUGGUCGCACGGCUUCAAGGGGCGCUACGGAGUGCGGCAGAGCCUCAGCACGCCGGCCCGCUACGAGGGCACCUGGAGCAACGGGCUGCAGGACGGCUACGGCGUCGAGACCUACGGGGACGGAGGUACAUACCAGGGACAAUGGACAGGAGGGAUGCGACAUGGGUAUGGUGUACGUCAGAGCGUACCCUAUGGCAUGGCAACUGUGAUCCGUUCACCUCUCCGAACAUCUCUAGCUUCACUUCGAAGUGAGCAGAGCAAUGGCACCGUUCUGCAUGACAUCACUGCAGACAGCCCGGCUGGAACAAGAGGCGGUUUUGUGCUCAAUUUUCACAGCGAUGUAGAAGCCAUGGGCAUUAAGAAAAAAGGAGGCUUAUUCAGAAGAGGAUCCCUUCUUGGUAGUAUAAAACUUAGAAAAUCUGAAUCUAGAUCAUCAAUAUCUAGCAAACGGAGCUCCGUCAGGAGUGAUGCUGCUAUGAGCAGAAUUAGUUCUAGUGAUGCCAACUCUACAAUUAGUUUUGGAGAUGGUGACUGUGAUUAUUGCCCUAUGGAAGACCAUGUUGAUGCCACCACGACAGAAACGUAUAUGGGUGAAUGGAAGAAUGACAAGCGCAGUGGUUUUGGUGUUAGUGAGCGUUCAAAUGGUAUGAAAUAUGAAGGAGAAUGGCUAAAUAACAGGAGGCACGGAUAUGGAUGUACCAUGUUUCCAGAUGGCACCAAAGAAGAGGGAAAAUACAAAAAUAAUGUUUUGGUUCGUGGAAUAAGAAAGCAACUUAUACCAAUACGAAACACAAAAACUAGAGAAAAGGUGGAUAGAGCAAUAGAGGGUGCACAGCGAGCAGCUGCCAUGGCAAGAACCAAAGUGGAAAUUGCAACUUCAAGAACGGCACAUGCCAGAGCUAAAGCUGAUGCCGCGGAUCAGGCCGCUCAGUCUGCUCGCCAGGAAUGUGAUAUUGCAAGAGCAGUUGCCAGAGAACUUUCACCAAAUUUCUACCAACCAGGUCCUGAUUAUAUCAAACAAAAAUUUCAAGAAGGAAUGGAGGUGAAAGAAAAAACUGAAGAAAAAGUUCAGGAAAAACCAACUACCCCAAAAGAAUCACCUCACUUUUAUCGAAAAGGUACUACACCCCCUCGAACCCCAGAGGCAAGUCCGAGGCAUAGUCCUCCUCUUCCUUCUGAGCCUUCUCCUUCAAAACAUCUGAAAAGGCAAAGCUCCACUUCUGGGGCAAGACUCAAUCAAGAAAAAAAGCUUUUAGCCACUGAGAAUAUAACACCCACAGUUAACAAGCCUUUAUAUUCAAAAGCACCAGUGAAGGAGGAGAUAGCUGUAAAACACCAGUCAAAGUUUUCGGCCCAUCACAAUCCCAUCAGCACAGAGAAUGGGGAGCUGCAUGGUCACUACCAUGGCUAUUAUGUAAAAAUGAAUCCAACAGUGCUUCCACAGGAGCUCAGGGAAGAAGAUGAUGAAUAUGUCAACCCAUUACCAUCAACACUUGCACGGAUACCACCCUCACAGAAACCAAGUCCUGCUAGAUCUGGGGGUAAGCCAGAUGCCAAAGAAAACAAACCUGAUACAAAAGUUAAGAAACCAGAAAUUGCUGCACCAAAGAAUCCAGCUAAUAAUGAGUCAUCUUCAGCAGUGGAAAAAGAAGUAGCAAACAGCUCGGGCCCUAACUCAGUCAUGAUUGCCCUGGUAAUGCUGUUGAAUAUUGGUUUAGCCAUUCUUUUUGUCCAUUUUCUAACUUGAUUGGAAUUAGGAAAGUGAAGUCAUGACAACUAGUGGUGUUAGCCCACAGUUCUCUGCAGUUGUGUCAUCAGCCUGUUAAAUGGCACCAGACAUACUCAGACACAGGGAAGGAGGCUUGGCGUUAGGAUGGGCGCAAGAGAGAUGAAACUUGGAAAAUUCAGCCAGGGUCCCAGAUCAGUUACUCUGCUGAUGGUUUGUGGCUUUGGGGUCCUCUGAAAGCUGAAGCAAGCAGCCAUGUCGGAAAACAAACAAAAUAAUCUGCUGAAGCAGCCCUGCCGGUGAAGUGCGUUGGCUUCUCCAUCUGUUCCAGCAGAGUGUGACUAAACUGGAAAUGUACGGAGCUGCACUUUUUGUUGAUGGAAGCUAACAGCUGCCUUACUAUUUUACCGUCUGAUGUUUUUAGUGGGGAGAUGGGAAAACGACUGCCAGAGGAAUGUGGUCAGAGGAUUCUGUUGCUGUGGAAGUGAUUCCAGCGUUCACUCCUAUCUCAUUAGAAGAAAUAGUUAGCAGCAUCAGUCACCAGUCUUAUUCCAUUACCUGCUGCUUUUAACAUCUCCUGCAGUGUUCUGGGAGAUUGAAUUUCAUUUGCCUGUGCAUGAUUCUGUUCAUUCGUUGUUUAUGAAAUUUGAUGUAUAGCCAUAACAUAGUGUGUAGUCCAACCUGGAGAGCGCUACCAGUUCUGCCUAGCGGCAGAAGCAGAAAAGGAAACCUCUUUUUCUAAUCUGAAGAUGCAAUUCUUUAAUUCAUUUUCCUAAACCUGAAGAGUCUUUUUGCUUUAAGGUUUAGGAAGUAAUAUACCAUGACUGCAAAAUUUAACGCUGUUGAUAUCUUCCUACAAGUGCUCAAAUGCUUAUGCCAAUAGCAAGCAAAUUCUUCUUAGUAAAAAAAUUAAGAAUCUGAAGUUGAUAUCAGUACAUUCUAAACAGGAGGUGAAAUAUCAGAAUAAUCUGAGAAAGACAAGAUAUGGGGUUUGCAUGUUGACUUUUUUUUUUUUUAAUUCUGGUGCUGUGGUAAUUGGUGAUUUGAAUUAUUAUGUUUCAGCACUGAGGUAUUUUGCCAGCAGUUAAAAUAAAGUCUUGUCUGAGUGCAUAUUAAUACCAGUGACAGUUAAGCUAGUUAAUGCUCACAAUAAAUUUUCAUAAUUUUUAAACACUAGAUUUGUGUUGAAUACAUUCAGGUAGAGCAUUUAGACAUGUUAAGUGAUUGUUUAUUGAUUCGAUGCCUUCAGUGUCUUUGAAGUCCAUUUAUAAUUUUACCUCAGCAUUUAAAAAACCUCAAUUUUUUUCAUUUGGAAAGUUUGUCUUAAGUAGUUUCACAGCCCUUUGUUACAAUGAUGUGAUCAUGUUUCUUUUAUGUGCCAUUAUACUGUAAUUACUGUACCCUAUAUUAAUCAAAAGCAUGCUGAUUUACUGAAAAUAUGUGGUGUGAUCAUUUGGAAAGUAAAUAUUUUAAUUUCAAAAUACAAAAAGCAAAGGGCUUGUAUUAUGGUUUAUUUUAUCUCUCUUAGACAAUAUUUCAUACAAUAUAGUUUUUGAACAUGUUUGUAAACUUUGUAAGUGUUUUGCAUGGUGUAAUGGGCAACAUUCUUAAAAGUACAUUAGCUAUCUUUUGAUGCAGCAUAUUAAAGUAAUAUAGGUGCAGACUGAAUAUUGUGCAGCAAAGCAGCUCUAAGCAGGGCAGUAACACCGUGGUGUUUUUUACAGAAGUAUGUUGAGAAUCCUGUGUUUUCACCAGUGUGGAUAAAGAAGAAAGCAGAAAGAGAGCAAAUGAAAAUAAAACUUGUAUAUUUAUUUUUUAAAGAGUCAAAAUUGUGUUUUAAAUUUAGGGAAGUAAUUUUUAAAUAAGAACAAAGUUUUAAAAGUUACUGUUUAAGCCUUGACAUAAUGGACAAAAUGUUCAAACAGUGAAAUCACCCCGUCUCCUUACAUGGGAGGUAAUUUUGUAACUGACAUAUUUAAUUCCUAUUAAAUGUUUAUUUAAAAUACUAUAUGCUCUGGAAAUAAUGGGUAACAAAGCUGAAAUAUGAAAAUGUUUAUAAAUUUAAGUAAGCAUGUUAGUACCAUUUAUAAAUAUGUAUGAUUUAUAAGCUUUUUUAAAACAAAGCUCAAACAAAUUGUUGGUAUUUUUCUAAAAUGUGCACAGCUGUAUUUUACAUGAAAGGCUAUUUAUAAUUGGUUGUUAUACUGUACACUACAUUUUGGACAGCACAAUGAAGCCUGCCAAUGUACUUAAUAAUGUCAUUUUGUCUAUUUAAAGUUUCUUGCUGUCAAAGAAUGAACUCUUUAUCUAUGAGUUUAUUUAUAAUUCUUGACCCAAAAUGUAUAAUGUACAGUUUUCACAACUGUAUUUGCUCUAAUAAAAAUAAGUUGGUUAUUAA